AUGGGCCGACAGCUACCCCACACUACUCCGACUACACUAAAGCGACGGAAGCCGCGGAAACAACACUACCGGCUGAGACAGCGAGCCGCGGACAGGUACCCUGCCCACCGCUGCCGUGAUGUACCGAACCCCAACGUACUGCCACCUGUCCUGGGCUACAUGGAGAAACCACCGCGGCCACCUCUGAGCCGCUCCCUAGGCCGUCCGGGGCAAGACAUCUCCCCACCAACUGAGAGAGCCGCUGCCUGGCGAGGCACCACCAUGCUGGACAGUCCGGUAUACCCUGAGGGCAUAGGCUGA